GCCGUCCGGCGCAGCGUCACGUGACGGGUCGUGGGCGUGCCUCCCCACGUGCGGCUCUGAGAGGGCUCCGCGGCGGGUUUGGUUCCUUCACGUGUUUGUCCAACGUUAACGCUUAAAAAUGUCAGCCAAGCAAGAAAUCAUGAGUGACCAGCGGUUUAGGAGGGUGGCCAAGGACCCGAGAUUUUGGGAAAUGCCUGAAAAGGAUCGAAAAGUAAAAAUUGACAAGAGAUUUCGAGCCAUGUUUCAUGACAAAAAGUUCAAGUUAAAUUACGCAGUGGAUAAAAGAGGGCGCCCCAUCCACCACAGUACUACAGAGGACUUGAAACGCUUCUAUGAGCUUUCUGAUUCUGACUCUGAUCUCUCUGACGAAGAGAGCAAAGUGUUGAGCCAAGAGAAGAAGGAAAAGAAAAAGCCCUUGACCAAAAGAGAAAAAGAUUCUAACAAUUUGGUUGAGAAGAAAAAGAAAGAAACCAAGAAAAUCAAUCCAAAGGUUUCUGCAACUAAAGAUGAUAAUUCUGAAGGAAUUCAGAAAAGGAAAAAUGCACAUAAUUCUAAGAUAGAUUCAAAAAUAAGUUCUAAGAAGAGUAGUGAAGAUUCUGUAAGGAAGAGUACAAAAGAGAAAAAAAACAUCGUCCAAAGUAGUGCGGACUUUCCUGGCAAAGGAAAGCUGAGGUGUGCCGACUCAGAAACCACAGACAUGGGAAAAUCUGUCAAGAUCAAGGGACCUAAGGCAACAUCAGUGGUUCCACGCAUGAUGGCAAAAGACAGUGACUGUUUUGAAAACUCAACAGAUAGCAGGAAAUUUGACAGAGAUGACUUGGAGGAAGAAUCAGAAAGUGUUAGUGACAUGGGACGUGAUGAAUCUGAAGAUGAAGUCUCGGAUGUUAGAACUUCGGCUGAUGAUGAUGAUAGCAAAGAAGAAGAUGAGGAGGAAGAGGAAGAAGAGGAUAGUGAGGAGGAAGAUGAAAGUGACAGUGGCCCUGAUCUUGCACGAGGUAAAGGAAACAUAGAAACCAGCUCUGAAGAUGAAGAUGACUGGGCUGAUUUAUCCCCGGAAGAACCCACGUUCGAGCAUGCUUGGAGAGAAUUAGACAGAGAUGCUCCUCGGGCUGAUGAGAUUACGCAUCGAUUAGCAGUUUGCAACAUGGACUGGGAUAGAUUAAAGGCGAAAGAUUUGCUGGCUCUAUUCAAUUCAUUUAAACCUAAAGGAGGUGUUGUAUUUUCUGUAAAGAUAUAUCCCUCAGAGUUUGGGAAGGAAAGGAUGAAAGAAGAACAAGUUCAAGGGCCAGUGGAGUUACUGAGCAUCCCCGAAGAUGCCCCUGAAAAGGACUGGACCUCUCGAGAAAAAUUGAGAGAUUAUCAGUUCAAACGGCUGAAGUACUAUUACGCUGUAGUGGACUGCGACUCUCCUGAAACAGCCAGUAAAAUUUAUGAGGAUUGUGAUGGCCUGGAAUUCGAAAGCAGUUGUUCAUUCAUUGAUCUGAGGUUUAUACCAGAUGAUAUUACUUUUGAUGAUGAGCCCAAGGACGUAGCCGCAGAAGUGGAUUUAACAGCAUACAAACCGAAAUAUUUCACAUCUGCCGCAAUGGGCACAUCAACGGUGGAGAUCACUUGGGAUGAGACUGAUCAUGAAAGAAUCACAAUGCUCAAUAGGAAGUUUAAAAAGGAAGAGCUGUUAGACAUGGACUUCCAAGCCUACUUAGCAUCUUCCAGUGAAGAUGAAGAGGAGACAGAGGAGGAGCUACAAGGUGAUGAUGGAGUCAGUUUAGAAGAUGCAAAAACAAAGAAAAGUCAGAAGGACGACGAAGAACAAAUAGCUAAAUACAGGCAGCUCUUGCAGGGUAUUCAAGAAAAAGAAAAGAAAGGCAAAGAAAAUGAUAUGGAAAUGGAGAUCAAGUGGGUUCCAGGUCUUAAAGAAAGUGCAGAAGAGAUGGUCAGAAAUAAACUGGAAGGAAAAGAUAAGCUGACCCCGUGGGAACAAUUUUUAGAGAAGAAGAAAGAGAAAAAAAGACUGAAAAAGAAACAGAAGGCGCUUGCUGAAGAGGGCAGUGAAGAUGAGCUUCCCUCUGAUGUUGAUUUGAAUGACCCGUACUUUGCUGAAGAAGUUAAAAAAAUAGGUGUAAAGAAAAAAUCAGUGAAGUCUACAAAAGACGGCACAUCUCCAGAGGAAGAAACUGAAAUGGAGAAACAAAAGGCUGAAAUGGCUCUGCUUGUGAUGGAUGAGGAAGAAGAUGGCAAGAAACACUUCAAUUAUGACAAGAUUGUGGAGCACCAGAAUCUGAGCAAAAAGAAGAGAAAACAGCUUCUGAAGAGGAAGGAAUUAGUGGAGGAUGACUUUGAGGUGAACGUGACCGAUGCGCGGUUUCAGGCUAUGUAUACUUCGCACUUGUUCAAUCUGGAUCCUUCAGAUCCCAAUUUCAAGAAAACAAAAGCUAUGGAAAAAAUCCUUGAGGAGAAAGCCCGGCAAAGGGAGCUAAAAGAACAAGAACUCACUCUGGCAAUAAAGCAAAAAGAGAAUGAGAGGGAAAAGGAAUCGCAGAAGUCGUCCAUGGACCCUGCUUUGUCAAUGCUGAUCAAAUCUGUGAAAAGCAAAACGGAGCAGUUUCAAGCAAGAAAAAAACAAAAAGUUAAAUAACGGGACAUAUUUUCAUUUUCGAUUAAGAAUGUGUUUUUUUUUUUUAAGUGUACAGAAAUAAUACAGGAAUAUUGGGAAUAAAGUCGCCUUUCAAGAAUAUGAAUAUAAUCUUAUUCUGACCAUAGUGAAUGUUUUGUUUAUAAAUAGUUACUAUACCAUGUUUUUCACAUUUACUCUUUAUAUUUACACAAAUAAGUCAUUUUAAACGAAUUUAUUUUAAUUAGUAAAUACAUAAAAUAUUUAUAUUUUAUCAAGUUCAGUGCCUUCUAGUGGAAAAUUAUUAUAAUUUAGCUUUGUAAA